AUGCAGCAGCUGCUGGCCUUCGCCUCCCUGCUGCUUCUGUGGCCGGCGCGCCGCGCUAGCGCCGCCGAGUACGUGGUCGGCGACGUCGGCUACGGCUGGGACUCUGGGUCCGGCGUCAACUACGCCGCCUGGGCAAGGGCGCACGCCUUCGCCGUCGGGGACGUCCUAGUUUUCCAGUACGUGAGCACCCAGCACAACGUGUACGAGGUGACCGAGGAGGUCUACCGGUCCUGCGACACCGCCGGCGGCGACGGCGACGGCGACGGCGUGCGCGCCAAGUACACCAGCGGCUACGACCGCGUGGUGCUCGCCGAGGCGAGGGGCUACUGGUUCAUCUGCGAUGUCCCCGGCCACUGCCAAGGAGGCAUGAGGGUCGCCGUCAACGUCUCCGCUGGCGCGGCAGGAGGAGGAGGAGGAAGCGGCGGGCCGCCGAUGACUGUGAAUCCCCCGCCGCCGGACGGCAGCGCGGCGUCGACGACGACAGCCAAAGGUCGCCUGGGUUGGGCUUGGGCGGCGGCGUGUCUGGCUCUCGGGGUCCUGGCGUUGAUGAAUACCAGUUACUAG